AACUACGAGAGGAGCGGGAGAGGAGGAAGUGGAGUGCUGGUUCAGACCGGGACCCGGACCCGGACCCGGAGCUGUGAGCCGCAGAGAGCAGCGGGAGGAGGUGUCGGUGUCUCCGGACCGGCGGCUCAGAGAGGAGCAGCAGGAGCAGCAGGAGCAGCAGGAGCAGCAGGAGCAGCACAGUCAUGGAUGCAGAGAGCGGCGAGCUGAGUGGCGGCGGCGUAGCGGCGGACAGCUGGCAGCUCCACGCUCCGUUCCCCUGCCGCGACCUUGUCCUCAACGGCGCCGACAAACCCUUGCAGAACUGGGCGUUGGACCCGGACUGCACGCUCAACGACAGUGAAUCAGAGGACGUCCUUCACGGCGUGGACCCAAACGAGGUGUUUCCCAGCGGGCCACCAGCAGAAUCGUCGUCUGAGAGCGACAGCGGCAUUUCCGAGGAGCCUGUGAUGGAGCGUCCCGUCACCAUGGCGACCACACAGCCGGCCCCGGCGACCAUCUACCAGGUGGUUUAUGACCUGAGCAGCGUGGGCGGCGUGCAGAGCGAAGGCGGAGCCGAAAACGUUUUCUCCAUCCAGCUGGCAGACGAGUGGAGCUCUCAGGUGUUGUUCUCGGACUCGUGUGUGGUGAGCGAGCUGCCCGUGGUCUCCGCGGCCGCCGUCCACCCGCCCGAACUCGACGGUGACGCGCUGUACCCGGAGCUGCAGCUGACGGACGAGGAGCAGAAGCUGCUGACGCAGGAAGGCGUCUCCCUGCCCAGCAACCUUCCUCUCACCAAGGCCGAGGAGCGAAUCCUGAAGAGAGUUCGGAGGAAAAUCCGUAACAAGCAGUCGGCUCAGGACAGCCGGCGGCGGAGGAAGGAGUACAUCGACGGGCUGGAGAGCAGGUACUGUUUUUUCUUCUUUUUUUUAUUUUGAUUUAUUUAAUUUUGUAGGGAACCAUUGAAAAUAAUUGAAGGUUUUGGAAAAAUCCUGGAAAUGUGUCGUGUUUAAUAAAUGAAAUGAAACAUAACGGUGAAUUUAUUUUCUGCAGGCAGGGACAGACUACUUUAAACGGCUGUAUUUCUAUUUAUUUGACCACCCAAAAAUCUUUUUCUGUCU